CCUUCUUGUGCCCUUUCUCUGGUCCAGUGUUCGGAAACGUUCAUGAUAACUAGGGGAUGUAGGGAGCAAGUUAUGGAGCCCGCGGCACCGGAGGCCAUAACAUUUCUGCCGGAAUUUGAGGUGGUAUCCAUCGAUGAUUUCGUAGCUUCGGCCAUGCUAGCUGUCUCGAUUUCGACUUCCAUAGCAUCCCUUGAUUCUUUUGGAGCACUCAUGACGACUGGUAAUCUAAAAAAAUAAAAAUCCAGUGGUUAUUUCUUCAUUUGUUUUCGUUAUUUUGUUAUGACUUAUGACACUUUUGACAUAUGACAAAUAUUCUUCUUAUUUUUUACAUCAUCUAUCCAUGAUUAUAGUCGUAUAAUCCUUGUAUCUCAAUCCUUGGUAUAAAAAUCAGCAGUACUAAAAAACGUUUAAUCAAAAUAAAAAAUUAGAUAUAAUAUCAGAUAUUUAUACAGAACUAUGAAUGGUACCUAGAAAAUUCUGAGAAUUUAAGCGUCAAAAAUAAUACUGUUGCGAAAUGCUAUGCGAUAUUUCUUAAUUACUUCCUUGAUAUGGUGGUUUUUGAAUUUAUUCUAUUCCUUGCUGGGUCUUCCAGGAGAGAUAGGCAUUCCAAAACAAAGCAACGGUCUGCGCAAGUAGUACCUGAUGUCGCCAAGGAAUAAAGUAGAAAUUGAAAAGUUGCACUGCUGGCCAGAUCUUGUAGUUUGUCAAUAUCACAUCAAAGUAUUUCAGUCGCAUUUGCUCCUUCACGAACUUCCAAUCGUGCCCUUCCAGCAAAUUUAUGAGAGUAAUGAAUAUCGCCAAGAAAGUUGGCGCGAAUACGAUUUGAUCCAGUGCCAUCUUUUUGAGAGCCACUGACUUUCCUGCAUGGCCGAAUGUUUUUGUGAGCACCUUGUACCAAACUGAAAGCGUAGGCCCCUAAAACGACUCAAUUCGGCCCCCAGAAAUCUCGUGCUUCGUUUAUCAGCUAGAAAUGAGUUCUCAGAAGGGCAACACCUCUCGUAGCCGUCCUCAGAAGCACAAAAACCGCACAGCUUUCAAAAACACUUUGCACGACACCAGUCAGAGGACGAAAAUCAUCAACUCCAUCCAAGUGGGCGACGUCUGCGUCAGAUGCAAAGAAAUAAUCGAGUGGAAAAUCAAGUACAAGAAGUACAAGCCUCUGACCCAGCCGAGGACGUGCGUAAAGUGUGGUUCGAAGGCCGUCAAGCAGGCGUAUCACGUGAUGUGCUCGGCCUGCGGCAAGCAGUCGGGCAAGUGUACCAAAUGUUGCCAAAGCAAGACGAUCGUCGAGGCGGAAGCUACGGAAACUCAACAGUUGAAACUCGACAAUGAGCUGAAAGACCUCUUGAAAUCAUUGCCGGAAAGAAAGAGAAGGACUUUCCUCAGAUACAUGAACAGAAAAGAGAAAGACCAAGAGGACGAUGAUAAAAAAACUGCUAGUGAGAACAGAGAGGAUCUAUUGGAUAAACUGAACACGCUGAAGCUGGGAGAAGGUGAUGACGAUUUUGAUGAUUUCCUGGACGAGGAAGAAGAUGAAGACAGUGAUAAUAACCAGUCUGAAGAAGAGUCAUAGUAAAUUAAUGAACAUUUAUAUACCCUGUAUAUUGAUUUUUGAAUAAUAGAGAAUAGAAAAACUGUUUAUA